AUUUUAAUUGCUUUCUGUAUGUGAUUAGCCUGUAGCGAUCAUUGCGUGAACCGGAAGUGUGACGGCUAUACCUGGGAAUGCUCUGACGGCUGUGUUGGUCUGUUCACUGGACCUCUUUGUGACCAGGUUUGCAGUAACAACUGUGCGGGGGAGGGCAAGUGUGACCAACACAACAGGACCUGUGUCGCUGGCUGCCUAGAGGGGUACGACGACAGUAGAUGUGAGAUCCCCCGGAAGCCCUUGAUAGUUUACGCCAUACUGAUAGUCGGGAUGCUGUUGACCGUGGUCAUCUUGAUCGUUUGCGUGGACAAUGAUGAGAUCGCUGACGAGGAAUCGUUCAUGAGUGGCACAGGAGAGGCGACAUCCCUUCUGGAAGCUCCGGAUGAUAAGUUUCGCGAAGAGACUGAAACAGCGGCAAUAACCCAAGCCGAGGAUGUGAUCACGGUAGCCAGCGAUGAAAAUCUAAGGCAUAAUGUAGGGGAUGCCAACAUAAGCCCUCUUAUUCCGGAACGAACGUGUGUGCCUUCCGUCGAUCCUGACCAACUUCCAAAAGACGCAAGCUCAUCUGGAAUGAUGGGAACUCGAAUAGAAGAACUUAUGGCACGAAACUAUGACCUGUCCAACUCAGGGAUUGAAAGCGAGGUCUAAAUAGGUCACUGCGCAUGUUCGUGGUCUCGUCUGCUUAUGACGUAAUGGUUGAAGCCACGAACGAGCCAAUGGUUGAAUACUUCGCGCUGUAAUAAAUAUGUUAUUUUAAA